AUGGCCGCAUCGCACUACUGCAUCGUCAACCCGUCACAAGCCACGCUCAUCGACCUGCUAGCACUGAAAGCGCGCGCGCUCUCAGAGAUCAAUACGGCGCUGACGAACCACCAAGGAACCAUCACGGACGCCAUGGUCGGCGCGGUGGCCAAGAUGGCGGCGUACGAGGCGAUUUUCGGGGACUCGGAGGUAUUCGCGGCGCAUAUGAAGGGGCUGCAGAUGAUGCUGAAAUUACGUGGAGGAUUGGGGACGUUGGGGCUUGAUGGGCUGCUGGAGCGGAUGGUGGUGUGGAUUGAUUUGAACGCUGCGCAUUUGACGGGUAGGGAGGUGGCUCUAGGAGGCGAUGCGUUCCCUACCCGGGUCAGAUUUGCGGCGCCGGAUCCGUUUCAUUUUGCGGGCAUUUCGUGA